GUUUGCGGUGUAUGGUAAUAAUACAAGGGUGUGCAGUCAAUCUGGUACAUGGCACAACUCUGUCACAGAUGACUUUGGUCCAGUCUGUCGAACUGAGUGCGUAUCGAUUCCCGCCACCCCUAACUCCCAUAUCGAAUGUGGUGACCCCCCGUUACCCCCUAGCAACCAAUAUCUUGAUGGGGUAACAUGUACGACUGUCUGUGACCCCGGUUAUGGGAUUUCACCCACAAGUAUCGCCAGGCGUACAUGCACCCAACAUGCUUGGUCAGGCACGAGUGCAAAAUGUGAAAAGGAGACACAGUUCCGAAUUUUCCUGCUAAGGCUGUUCCGUAAUGGCAAACAAGUGAGGGUAUGCCUCUCUGUAGACCCAGACACAGACUUAGUGCAAAAGGUCUUUUCUCAACAGUGCACAGGCAAUUCACAACUACAAAGGUGGACGUGGUUUAAUGAAACUAGACUAAAAAAUGCUGCAACAGGAAAAUGCUUGGGUGUUUCAACAAUAGAAGCAGGCUUAAAAGUGACCACAGGUCCUUGCACUGGAGGCGACUUAUACAAUGAAUGGUCAUGCUCCAGCCCCCGUGGUGAUAGUCUCUCCUGGUUUCUUACACUAUCAGGAACUGACUUGUACGCCGACUAUGGUUUUGCAGCAACUUCUUUUCUAUGGACAAUGAACAUUAAGAUAUUUAAUCCAACGCUAGAUGAUGUGCACUGGUACGCCACUCCUACAGAUGAUGCAUCAUCAGAUUCUUCCCCCAUCACUGUUUGUGCAAUGAGAAUGACUCAUGGUAUUUGCGCACCUCUUAUUCUAUCCAACCAUGGCCAGGUCCAUCCAUUACAAUGCAAUGGAAACAGUGUGACAGUGGGCAUGAGGUGCAUGUUCAGUUGUGAUGUAGGUUACCAACUAACAAGUGAAGAAAACACAGUGGUUUGUCAAGCCAAUGGUUUAUGGUCAGGCUCUGUUCCAACUUGUGCAGUUGUCUGUGAGGCUCUUGACGACGUUCCGCAUGGCCGAAUCCACCCUGAUUCGUGCAUCGGCGAGCACGAAAACCCUGGUCAUGGGUCAGCGGUCGGAGGGGUCCUUAGUGGGGUCCAGUGUACGGUGGAAUGUGACAAUGGGUUUAUGAUGGUUGGGGGUCCGGGGAUAUUGACGUGCCUGGGUGACGGGAGCUGGAACUCACCACAACCUGCUUGUAAACGCAUGUGUCCUCUCUUAAGCACAGUAGAAUAUGCUGUACCAUCAGAUGCAUCAUGUCACACUGAACAGAAGUAUCACGGUCAAGUUUGCUCAUUCAGAUGUUUCAGUGGGUAUGGCGUUCCCAGAGCGGAAAAAUCUUGCAAGAAAAGUUCAAACACAAGUGUUCUGCUUGGUUUUACAGAUAGUAGUGAAUAUUGCUCAGAUGAGAGAAAAAGAGAGGAAGGUUAUGAAGAAGAGAAAGAAAAAGAAGAAGGUUAUGAGGUAGAGGUUCAUCUCUCUUGUAUGUUAGAUGGAAAAUGGUCAGCUCAACUACCUAUGUGUCAACCACUAUGCCCUGCACUAGUGCUGCAAGAACAUGGUUAUAUUGAGCCAUUAUCAUGCGUUGAACAGCCGCAAAUGGUGGGCAAGAUGUGUAACUACAACUGUAACGAUGGAUACACAGCUCACGACAAGACCUCUAACUUUACAUGCAUUGAAGGGAAAUGGAUUCCCUCACACGUUGUUACUUCCGCUGCUUUCGACAUAGAUAUCUUCGAUAAUUAUAUCCACGAGUCACCGUUGUGUGAGAUAUACUGCCCUCCACUGGUGGUGCCAUCGUUAAAUCAAAGUCUCGUAACACCAGCGUCUUGUUUAACUUUAAACAAUGCCAUAGCUACUGUUUGCGAGAUUGAAUGUCAUUCAGACUAUGUGUUAAAAGGCCAAACAUCAGUGGUAUGUAUGGAAGAUGGGACGUGGGACACCUUGCUUGGGACUUGCAUACAAAAAUGUCCAUCUGUAACAGCACCACCUAAUGGGGAAGUGCGACCUCUAGCGUGCUCGACAGCGAGCAUGGGUGACGGGGCUGUUUGCUCGUUUGCAUGUACGGACAAGUACUCUCUAGAUGGCGCCACAACCAUCUUAUGUAACGGAUCGGGCAACUGGUCAGCAAUACCCCCUACUUGCAAACGUCGAUGUUUGCCAAUCCCACGAUUUUACAAUGGUUACGCUUCACCGAUUUCUUCAUGCUUUACCGAGCACAUAACUUCAGGUGAAAUCUGCCACUUCGCGUGCGCUGAUAACUUCCUUCUGAUUGGUCAAGACCAGAUCACAUGUUUAGAAUCCGGCGAAUGGGAAGGUAGCCCUCCAACUUGCAACAGAAUCUGCCAUAGACCUCAAGUCCCACAUGGCAGCAUAUCAUGCACACACAGUAAUAUCCAAUUGAACAUAACUUCUGCCCUAACAUGGGGUAGCAUAUGUAGAUUACAAUGCAUUCGUAACUAUGCACCUUCACAUAAUGCUGGCUUCAUAUGUGGCAACGAUGGUGAAUGGAGACCAACUAUUCCACACUGCAUAGAGACCGGUGUUCCAAUGUAUAUUCUACAAACUCUCGGCGAAUUUUCCUUGUGUUUAGUGGAGCAUGAAGCUGAAAGAUCUGUGGUCAAACUCAGCCAAUCAGAAUGCCUCGUUCAUACUAGCUAUGCAAGCAACACAUCAUGGCACUGGCUGGGCUCAUACAAUAUACAAAAUGCACAUUCGGGUUACUGCAUUACUGUGAGGUCUUCAAGUGAAGGUGAAAAACUACGAACUGCUCCGUGCAACACUGAUGACAACUUGCAACACUGGGACUGUUCGGUUGAUAACGCUUUCCAAGUUGUACUUCGUGGAACAGAUUUAUCUCCGAGUACUUUUUAUAAAAAUGUAGAUGCAGUUGUUCUACAAAAAUGGAGUGACGCUCAUAGUUACUUCUCUACAUUUGAUCUUGUUACUCUAUCUGCAUCCAGUAUCUGCUCCAGGAGACCAGGAGGAAUCUGUCCCCCGUUACACAAUGCAGUUGAUGGUAAAGUUGAACCAGAAGAAUGCAAAUCUAAUGACGUGGUAGCUGGCCAGCAAUGUUCCUAUGAAUGCCAUGAUGAUGAUGCUUACUUAUCUGGCUCAGCAUACACCAUAUGUAUGGGGAAUGGAUUAUGGUCAAGUCCCCCUCCUGCCUGUGUUAAGUCUUGUCACCCACUAUCAGAGGUGCCUUUCCUACCCAAAGGAACUUAUUACCUGGAUGAUGAUUGUGUAUUUGAUUCCCCGUCUGUUGGCAAGUCAUGUGACGCGUUAUGCAUGAGUGGUUAUGACCUUGUAGGCAAUGCUACGAGGGAAUGUCUCACAACUGGGCAGUGGUCACCUGUAAAGUACAAUUGCCAACGCACUUGUCCUUCUAUAUUUGGGCUGUUGCAUGGCACAGUAGAUCCUAUGCCUUGUCGAUCUGGUAUUUGUAGUUUCAAAUGCAGACCAGGGUAUGUGUUGGUUGGUUCAGAGACAUACAACAUACUAUGUAUGGAUGAUGGCACAUGGAACAACAUCUUACCAAAGUGUAUAAGAGAUCCUCAGUUUCAAAUCAUCUUUGUUGAGUCAAACUCUGGAGAAGAGAUGUGUCUUACUCUUCCUGCAUCCACCUCCGAUCCUCUCAUCAAGUCCUCUUGCAGCAGAGCGGAAGCUUAUGAUGGGUCUCAGCUCUUCAAGUGGAAUGGUGAUCUCCUCAUAAACCCUGAGAGUGGAUUGUGUCUUCGGGGGAAUGUAGAAAGAUGGGGAAAUGUCAGUGUGGAAGGUUGUUGGGAAGAAGAUUCUCUACAGAAAUGGGACUGUGGAGCAAGACCUGGUGUUUAUGAUAAUGCUCUCAGAUUAAAAGACACGAGUUUAUUUCUGGAUUAUGGCAGCACUGUUGAUGUGUCAAGGUCCAAUGAAAAGGAAGCACUGCUCUUGCUUGAGGUUGUCAUGGAAACUGAGUAUGUUAUGACAUCACGGUGGUUGGCGAGACAUUAUUAUGGACAAGGUACGGUAUGUUCCAUGAAAAAUGAGCGACAGUGUGCACCGUUUCAACAAGUUUUACACGGAACAGUAUUUCCACAUGUCUGCUUAUCACACGAUAAUAUUGUCAAGGGGUUGAUAUGUCAAGUGAAAUGUUUAUUUCUGGAUUAUGGCAGCACUGUUGAUGUGUCAAGGUCCAAUGAAAAGGAAGCACUGCACUUGCUUGAGGUUGUCAUGGAAACUGAGUAUGUUAUGACAUCACGGUGGUUGGCGAGACAUUAUUAUGGACAAGGUACGGUAUGUUCCAUGAAAAAUGAGCGACAGUGUGCACCGUUUCAACAAGUUUUACACGGAACAGUAUUUCCACAUGUCUGCUUAUCACACGAUAAUAUUGUCAAGGGGUUGAUAUGUCAAGUGAAAUGUGACCAAGGGUAUACUCAGCUACACACUGAUAGAUCUGUGUGUUUAAAUGAUGGGACUUGGUCAACUCCUAUACCAGCUUGUACCGGUAUCUACCAAUGCCCUGCACUACCAGUGUUAGAUUCUACAAUAAUGGUGGAGCCAUCUUUAUGUAAAGCUACAUCAGUAACCGAUGGUGUGGUAUGUACAUUCAUGUGUGACGACCAUUAUAAGUUGCAUGGACCACAAACCAUUCAAUGCGAAACACCAGGGGUCUGGUCCGAACCACCCCCCUCUUGUAAUGCGCAGUGUGAGGGAAUCCCCUACAUUGAUGGGGGUUCAGUGUCACCCUUUACUUGUUACGGCCCCAACAAUGACCCUGGUACGACCUGCUCUGUGUCAUGUGACCCCAAGUUCCGCUUGAUUGGCUCGGACAGGCGGAAAUGUAAAGAUAACGGAAUGUGGUCAGGAGAAGACGCUAUGUGUGUGGUAUUUUGUCCUCCCCUUGAUUUACCAUUAAGUGGAUACGUUUACCCCGACCGUUGCAGAACAUCGGAAAAUUUUGAGGAGAACUCGUGCAACUUUCAGUGCGUUGAAGAUUAUGUUAUGAUUGGAAAUUCAGAAGUGACAUGUGUAGACGGUUCAUGGGACAGAGAUGUCCCACAAUGUGUGCCAAUGUCACUUUGCCCAAGAAUAAAUGAGAAUGAACCUGGCGUUAAGGAAGUGCUAUUUCAAUACUUGUAA